UGCCACUCGUAUAAUUUCUCCAAAAAAAUCAGAUAUUCAAUAAGAUAUUCCCUCAUUUUACUGUUUUGUUAUUCGUCCACCCGCACCAGAAGUCACGCUUGCGACUUCCUAUUUUCCCACACUCAGCGCGCGCAUGGCGAGGAGAUUCCCUAAAGAUCCCUUCGAAUCAUCACUUCCUACCAGCCUCCCCAGCUUGGUCGUCAUCAUCAUCAAUUUCUACUUAACAGAAUAUGCCGCUGAAUUCUGUGACCUCCGUUCUCCAUUUUUCCCUCCCUUUUACCUGCCUUUCGCAACACCCCUUCCGUCACGCCAAGCAUAUGCCCCCGAAAUAUUCUAUCUCCUUCCUUCUUCUCCCAUACCCACUCCGCCUAUGGCUAUUUAUAAUGCGCCCUUGCGCUUGGAAUUUCACUUUGGAUUUGAGCGACGGCGAUCAGAUCGGGAGGUGAUCGAUGAAGUUCGGGAAGAGAUUGAAGCAGCAGGUCGACGAGACGUUGCCGGAAUGGCGCGACAAGUUUUUGUCCUACAAGGAUUUGAAGAAGCUCGUGAGGCUGAUCUCGUCGGCGCCGGCGGUGAAUCGUCCGCCGGAGUGUGGAAGAGCGGAUUCGGAAUUUAUGUACUUGCUGAACGGCGAGAUCGAGAAAUUCAAUGCGUUUUUCAUGGAGCAGGAAGAGGAUUUCAUUAUCCGGCAUAAGGAAUUACAGCAGAGGAUCCAGAGGGUUAUAGAUACGUGGAGGCCCAACGGAACUCACCCUUUGGAGACAAAUUACACAGCGGAGAUGGGAAGGAUCAGAAAAGACAUUGUCAAUUUCCAUGGGGAAAUGGUCCUCCUAGAGAGCUACAGCAAUAUCAAUUACACAGGGCUGGCUAAGAUCUUGAAGAAGUACGAUAAGCGAACGGGCGGGUUGUUGCGCCUGCCCUUCAUUCAAAAGGUGUUGCAGCAGCCAUUCUUUACUACGGAUCUCAUUUCGAAACUCGUGAAGGAGUGGGAGAGCACCAUAGAUGCAGUGUUCCCAGCUGCAGUGCUGGAGGAAGGGGGAAGAGAGCCCAAACAAGGGAUAACAGUGGCUGGGGAAGGGGAAGGGAUUUUGAGGAACACGGUUGCAGCUCUACUGACCAUGCAAGAAAUCAGAAGGGGGAGCUCUACUUACAGUCACUUCUCCUUGCCUCCUCUCAAUCUGCCAGACCCUGAUCUCAUUCAAUCCAUCCAAUUCAACUCUCCCAUACUCAUUCUCUAAUCCAAAUGGAAUUGUCUAGUGACUAGUCAGCUCCUGUUUGUUCACAGAGAUAUGUACUAGUAAUUGGGGAGAGGGAGAGAGAGAGGGAGAGAGAGAGAGAGAGAGAGAGAGAGAGAGGAUCUAUACCUUCCAUGCUUUUGAGAUCCAUGCUUGGAUGGUUAUGUGCUUGAAUACGUAUGCACUAUACAAUUUAUUUCAUACGUAUUUGUGAUAGGCAAAUUAAUUGUUAUGAAAUCAUGUCCUAAGA